AUGGGACACAAAUACUACAACUUGAUUUCUUUUGUAGCUUCACAAUUCCAAGUCUCUUCAUUUGCAGAACUUCUUAAAGCAUUCUUAUACUCUUACACGUUGAUGAGUAGUGAUUCUUCUCAAAUUGAAUGGUUUAUAUCUAAGCUAGCUCGCCAAUUUUCCAUCAAAGACCUAGGGCAUCUCCAUCACUUCCUCGGUCUGGAAGUCCACAAGCUUGAUAAUGGUCUACUAAUUUCACAAAAUCACUAUGCUCAGACCCUUUUACAAUGUGUUGAGAUGAUUGGUUGUAAACCUAUCUCUACUCCCAUUUCCAGCAAAGGUCAACAACUCUCCUCUUCCACUGAGUUGUUCAUUGAUUCCACUUAUUAUAGCAGCAUUGUUGGAAGUUUGCAAUACCUCACAUUUACAAGACCUGACCUCUCCUUCAGUAUGCCUACCAACUAUGCUUACCAAUUCAUGCAAGCUCCAACUGCAACUCACUUUCGACUUAUGAAAAUAAUUCUCAAGUACGUUCAAGGCACCGCUAACUUCAAUACAAGACUUCUUGCUGAUAGCACACUGAACCUCUAUGCCUACUCUAAUGUCGAUUGGGCAUGCUGCCCUCUCACUCGCCACUCCAUCUCAUGCUACUAUACCUUCCUUUGUAGCAACCUCAUUUCAUUGCGUGCAAAGAAACAAGCCACACUGGCUUGUUCGAGUGCUGAGGCAAAACACUGA